AUGGCUUUUAAAUACCAUGACGAUGCAGCCGAACAAAUAUACGACAAAAAUUGCAAGACAAUAUUAGAAAAUGGUUCCAAAUGUGAACAACAACAUUGUUGCCAUGUCAAAGAUAUCUGUGAAGCGGGCAGUGAUCCAGAUCGUUUCAAGGACCGAAUUUGUCCCGACUGUCGUAUGACAAUAUUUUGGUAUUUGCGGAAUAAAACAGAAGAUAUGCGAUUGGAAAAAGUCGAUAAAGUAAAAACGGAAGGUAAAGAUUAUUUUAUUGCAACGGGUUAUCAUUGUCCAGAGGGUUGGCAAUACGAACAUGUGAACUCACGAUCAAUAUUUAACGACCCCGAAGAACCCCUGACCGAAGAAAUUAUUGCUUCUGUCGGUGCACGAUGGUUAGAAAAACAGAAAGGGGUAAAAAAAGAAAAAACUCAAACAAAACUUACGGAUUUUUUUAAUUAG